AUGAUAAUUGAUAUAAUAGAAAUAGAAGCUAUCCAUUCUUUUUCCAGAUUGGAAGCCUUAAAAGAAGUUUAUGGGAUCAUAUGGAUGCUUGUCCCUAUUUUCAUUCUUGUAUUAGGAAUCACACUGGGUGUUUUAGUAAUUGUUUGGUUAGAAAGAGAAAUAUCCGCAGGGAUACAGCAACGUAUUGGACCCGAAUAUGCGGGACCUUUGGGAAUUCUUCAAGCUUUAGCCGAUGGUACAAAACUACUUUUCAAAGAAAAUAUUCUUCCAUCUAGAGGAGAUACUCGUUUAUUCAGUAUUGGUCCAUCCAUAGCAGUCAUAUCCAUUUUACUAAGUUAUUCAAUAAUUCCUUUUAGCUAUCACUUUAUUCUAGCUGAUCUUAGUAUUGGUGUUUUUUUAUGGAUCGCCAUUUCAAGUCUUGCUCCCGUUGGAUUGCUUAUGUCAGGAUAUGGAUCAAAUAAUAAAUAUUCCUUUUUAGGUGGAUUAAGGGCUGCUGCUCAAUCAAUUAGUUAUGAAAUACCAUUAACUCUAUGUGUAUUAUCAAUAUCUCUACGUGUGAUUCGGUGAGACAUAAAAAUUCCCCCAUUUCUUUUCUUUCUAACAAGAAAGUCAAACGGUUUGAAUAUCGAUUUUUUAUUCAUCAUUGGAUUGAUGAAUUAAACCAGAUAGUUAUAUGAGUGAAAUAAAACGGCUUAAAAAUUUGCUGUUAAAAGAAUGAAAUCUCAUUUCCUACGUACAAGAAUUAAGUGAAAGUAAACAUAAGCAGUCAAGGCUGUUUACCCCGAGAUUUGCUGAUUAGUCAUCAUGGCUUGAAGCGGGUUUAAAAGAUCAAUUGUAUGGGUUUUUUCUAUACUAUUACCAUAGCAUAGAUAUAUUAUCUUAAUGAAAGAUUAAAAAAAACGAGUGGAUGGUUAGGAAGACCAAGAUACACAAAGGAUUAGUAAUGGAGAUUCUGAAAAUUAUCCA